AUGUCGUUGAGCAUCGAGAACACGCACCUAUUCGACCAUUAUCUGAACUACACAUAUAAAACGAUAUCAUGUGGCUCAGAUACUGACAGCGCCUUCCGGAUCAUUGUCCCUGAAUUAGCCGCCCAAUUCCCAUUCUUGCUUCAUGGGAUGCUAGCCUGUUCGGCGCUCCACCUGGCUUCCAGCAACCCCCAGAAUCAACGAUCAUACAUGCUCCAGGCAAUCCGACAUCAAGACCAAGCACUUCCAGCAUUCCACCUGGCAACUAUGCAGGUCGACACGAAUAAUUCUCAAGCAAUACUGGCCUAUGCAUUCUUCCUCGUCGUCUACGGCCUAAGCUCCGAAAGUGAAGACGAGAUAUUGUUUCUCGGUAAUGACCGGGAAGCAAGCUCCCCGUCUUCGAACUGGAUUAGUCUUUUGCGCAAUGGCUGCUCAAUGCUGUGCAAUGUCUGGACUGAAUUAACACAGGGGUCAUUAGCUCCAUUCACAGCAAUAUGGCGGGAUGAUCUCAGCUUCGCUGCUGACCCGAGUGAUACAUUACUUGUAUCAUUGUUGUCUGCCAUGCCAGACUCAAGCGAAGCUGUUGCUUACGACCAGAUAUUGUCGGAUAAUAAUAUGUAUAUAUACCGCGAUGCAGCUCUCAAGUUGGCGGAAGCAUUUGAGUUCAUACGACGAUUUGGCGCGACGUUGAGUGUUUGGGAUGCUCUGAGUUCGUGGCUGACUCGGGUGUUGCCCGAGUACUUUGAUUUGUUAGAUCAUAAUCACCCGGGGGCAUUGCUACUCUUGGCUUAUUACGCUGUUCUACUGAAGCCACUCCAAACAGAGUGGUUUCUAAGGGGCCGGGUUACGAAGUUGAUGGAUGAAAUUGGACGACGGCUGGAUGGGGACUGUUCUCUGCACAUAUGGAAUUUGUUUUUGGUUGCCCAGCGAGAAUUUCUUUCUUAA